AUGUUACGGCGCCGUGCCAUUACUCCGAACUCUGCCUGGGUGCAUCGUGGGGCGACAUGGGAUCUUCGCACGUGCUACGUGCGCGUUUCAGGCCCGACGGGCGGCGCGCACUUUGCGCUAACGAAACUGGAGGAGCGCAAAAGCCUUCUGCAAGCUGACGCAGACUUCUACCUCUUCAACAAGCUCUCCGAGCAACUGCUCGAACGCAUCAACUCCAAACGCCGCCUCGACGACCGCACGCUCAACCUCUUCCGAUCACGCAACACACGCCUGAAAUGCGUGCGCAUCUCGGACUCACCGGCCAUCACCCCCGAAGGCCUCCGCACGCUGCGCGAACACAAACUCACCGAACUACAUUGCACGCGCAUGGAGAGCCUCACCGUCGGGCUGAUCCUCGACUGCCUCAGCGAGGACACCAUACGUAACCUAACCUCACUCGACGUAUCCCGCUGCACAUUCAUCGACAUCUCGCGGCACAGCAUGAUGAUGCACCUGACGAACCUAAAACAAUUGAAAUCACUCAACGUGUCAUUCACGGAGUUCAACCAACAGACGUUGGAGAUGAUUUGCGAGGAUCUCACCCAGCUGGAGUAUUUGAACAUCAGCGGGACGUGGGUGCAAUGUGUGAAACCGCUACUUUUACUUAAACAUCGUCUGCUUGCUUUGGUAGCAAGUGAUUUACGAUGGAUUAACUUGAUGACGCAGUAUAUUAUCAAACUGGACAUGCUGCGCCAUCUAGAUAUCAGUCUCAUACAUGAAAGAUUCGAAAGCAUACAGAAUACAGCGAUUUGUGACAUUUUAGAGUCACCAGAAACACUACCCAAUCUUGUUUCGUUGGAUAUCAGCGGAUGGAGGGAUCUCAUCCCCAAGGGCACGAUGUUAACUUACUUGAAACAUCAUCCACGGAUGAAAUACCUCGGACUCGUGCUGAAUCCCAUCGCGUUUGAAUUAUUCCUGUCUGAACCUGAGCAUGACCCUGAAACGGAAUUGGAACUGCGUGUUGCUGGUCUAGGAAAUGAAGAACAGAUUAUUUUAGCGUUGAGAAGACAUUAUGACAGACAUAAUUACGUCCAGAAGGCUUUGUAUCACCUCUUUCAACUUACAGAUGGUUUUGCGGCGAGUCGUUCGGAUGUUUUUCAAUUGGUCAUCUUGGCAAUGGCGACACAUCCGAAGCGCUUCGGUGUGCAAAUGGCCGCCACGGCGUGUCUGUAUAAUCUGACACGCGGUGAGAUUUCGAAACAAAUCCAUCCGAAAUAUCUCAGUCGGGCUGUGGAUUUAACCCUGGAUGCCAUGGAGAGUUUUCCAGGCGAGUAUCAACUGCAAAAGAAUGCGUUACUUACGUUGUGUAGUGAUCGAAUCCUGCAGGAUGUGGAUUUCGAUCGGUAUCGCUGUGCGAAGAUCGUGUUGGACUCACUCUGUACGUUUGAAGAGGUUAAUAUGAACCGGAUGUCGGUCGCCAUUUGUAGUAUACUCGCCGCGAAGAUUUCCACUCGUGAAACUUCGGAGCUUGGUGGGCAGACUGCAUACAUGAAGAAGUUGCUUGCCAUGGUGCAACAGCGUGUGGAUAAUGGCAAUUCGGAUAUCACGAUGAAGUUCACGCUCAGCGCGUUGUGGAAUUUGACCGAUGAGAGCGCCGCCACUUGUGCGGUGUUCUUGGAAAAUGGCGGCGCUGAGUUGUUUCUGGAUGUGCUGAAAGUGUUCAAAACCGACACGGCUGUGGAGACGAAAGUGUUGGGUUUGUUGAAUAACAUCGCUGAAGUGGAUAUUCUACGUGGACGAUUGUUGGUUGAGCCGCUGGUGCAGGAAUUAUACGGAUUGUUAACUUACGAUAUGAUUGACGUGAGUUACUUUGCUGCUGGUAUAGUUGCGCAUUUGGCUAGUGAUGGCGCUGACAGCUGGACGGUGCAUGAAUUACCUCGUGAGAAGUUAUUGCAAGCGCUGGAAGCGGCUGUUGUCAACUGGGGUGUGCCGGAUAACGAAAUGGUGGCGUAUCGAAGUUUCAAACCGUUUUUUCCACUGCUGAAAGUCGGUGUGGAUUAUCGUGUGCAGUUGUGGGCUGUGUGGGCUGUGCAUCAUGUCUGCACGAAAAACUCGAAACGUUACUGCGACAUGUUGAAAGAAGAACACGGUGUAGAGCUAUUACAAAACCUCAUCGAUGAUGUGAACACACACGAAAUGGCAGUGGAUAAAUGUCGUGAGGUGUUGCGACAUAUAUCACCGCCGACGUUGUUCGAUCUACGGACGAGUAUAGUCUGCACAGCGACGAUAAUUGAUGCAACCACCGCAGCACUCGGCGGUGGCGCUACGAGACAACAAGUACAAGAACUACGGCAAUGAACGUGAACACAACGCGCUCUAGUAAGCUUAAAUGAAUGCAAAUUAAAUAAAUUUUAAUUAAAUCUAUAUAUAUAUAGAAAUAAUAACGUGUAUGCGUACAAUACGCAAUAUCUCGAAUUGUUACCGUAUGCGCGCGCGCAUGCGUAUGUGCGCGUGUGACAAAAUGGCGCUUUGUUGAAAACAAAUUGAAAUGCGUGUAUGUUGUGUUUUGUUGUAUCGAAACUCUGAAAGUUUGCAAAUUUUAACAUGUUCCGCGACAAUGUACAAUAUUCUAGUCAUAAUAUAUGAAAAUAUUCAAGGAA